AUGUCUUGCGAGCCCUCAUCAUCAAAGCACCAUCACCACAGCCACCAUCUUCACGUUCAUCGUCGUCGCCACAUCUCUUACGAUGACCACGAAGUUUCCAUGCUAUUGGACCCUGCUUACACUCGUCCUCGCUCUUCAUCAUCACAGACGAGAGUCUACAAAGACCACCGUGGCGACUUGCAUGAUCCAGAUUACCGCCACUUCCCAUCCACAUCAACAUAUCCAACAUCUUCAUCGUCUUCUAGACGCUCAAAACGCGUCAACUCUGGCGCUUCCUCAAUAGCGAGGCCUAGUUGGGAGUCGGGAUUAGGAGAAGGGAUGGACGAUGAGGAAUUUGAGGCUUAUUAUAACGAUGGAGAGGAUAUCGACGCACACUAUUCGUCUUCGAGACUACCUACGCGGUCGUAUUCUCCCAGGUAUUCAUCCAGAACAUCACCCUCAUACAUCCCCUAUUCUCCAUCCUCCACCUCAUCAUCUACAUCCUCUUCCCCUUCCUCUUUCACCAGUACAUUGUCCGAUUCCGACUUGUCAUAUUACCCAUCUUCCACACCCACCACUUCUUCCUCAUGUCCCACACACAAAUUCACCAAACGCCUUCUCUCCCGAAACACCCACAGCCACACGCACCGGUCUUCGUUCGUAGAAGAACACGUUCAUCCUUCUGAGGUGGACAGUGUUUCCGAAGACCAGGAAGAUUCGAUUUCUCUUCCUGAGGAGUCAGAACGGGAGAUGUCAGCGUCACCUACAGGAUCUUUAGUAUCCACUUCGGACGCUAUGAGGAAGCAGUGGCAAGCCACGAAACUUUCUGUCCAGUUCGGAGUUUUCCGGGCACAGAGAAAAGUUAAGCAGGCGUUGGCUGGAAAGCGGUAG